CAGGACCCCUCAUCCCCCUCAAAGGGUCCGUCUAUAUAAGAAGCCUAGAAUCUGCCUCUCGUGGCAAUUAAUCAAACUGACAACUUCCCAACUCAAUAACCACCAUAACUUCAACCUAUCCACCUCUACAAUCUCCAAUAUGUCCUCCGCCAAGUCCUUCCGCCAAAUCAUCGGCGUCCCCCCGUCAACCGCCACAACCACCGACUCAACCCUAAUCAUCAUCGACGCCCAAAACGAGUACGCCUCGGGACACCUCAAAGUUGAAAAGGUCGAGCAGAGCCGAAAAGUCAUCGCCGACCUCCUCACCCGGUACCGCGCAGCGGGCUCAGGCAAAAACAUCGUCCACAUCGUCCACCAGGUCCCCGCGGGCGCACCAGUCUUCACACCCGGCACGCCCCUCGCGGAGGAAUUCGCCGAGCUAACCCCUAAAGACGGCGAGAAGGUUAUCGGCAAGAACUAUCCCAGCUCUUUUGCGAAGACGGGGCUGCAUGAGUACCUGCAAGGCCUUGGCGAUGUAGGCAAGAAGAUUGUCCUUGUUGGGUAUAUGGCGCAUGUUUGUGUGUCGACUACGGCGCGCGCCGGCGCUGAGCUUGGCUAUGAUGUGAUUGUUGCACGGGAUGCGGUUGGUGAUAGACAUAUCCCUGGGGUUGAGGCGGCCGAACUGGUGCAGGUUGCGCUGAGUGAGGUUGGGGAUGCGUUUGGGACUAUUGUUGAUGCGGCUGAUAUUCAGGGAUGAGUGGUCGUCCUUCCUGCUGAUAUCUGAGACUUCGGUAGGAUGGUGCUUCUACAGGGAUGGCUCGGUUCGAUGGUUCGCGUGAGGUACUAUAAGAUUGUUCCGAGACACACGCCACCACACGCGGGCAUCGCAACGCUCAUUUUAGCUUACGAUUUCCUUCAUUAUGAUAAUUAGCUGCAAUAAACUCCUUUCAAACGGCAGCGCCGACCUUUG